AUCCGACUUUGCGAAACUUUCGCUCGCAGGAAGCGCGGAUUUUCUAACCGCAGACGAUUCGUUAUCGAAAACGACGUCGAUCUGAGGACUGCGGUGUGUAAAAUUGCGUUCGUUCGUCCGACUGUCCGCGCCCUUCCUCGAAUGCAAACGCGCGAUAUUUUUCAUUCGCAAUUGGCCGACGAGACUCGCCGCAGCACAGUGUGAUCGCGAAAGCAACGAACGAACAUGCAGCACCAACGAUCCAAUUACUUUGUCGUCCUGCUCGCAAUCUCUUUAGCAAUCCGCGACGCAGCAACUUUGGAAGUGGAUGAUCCGUGCGUCCACAAUCGCCUGAACAGUCCGGGAAUCUGCAAAUCCGUGGGAGAAUGUCCGCAAGCGCUCCAGGAACUGGCCCAGCACAUCUUCCCCGAGACGUGCGGUUUCGAUGGGACCGUGCCGAUCGUCUGCUGCCCAUCCGAGCAGAAGCCCGAUAUCCAAGAUAGAAAUCCGCAAGCCGUCGGCAUGAAGAGCUACCAGAAAUGCAAAGAGUACGCGAAGCUGGUGAACGUCACCUUCGAGUUGCCCACACUCUCCUUCGACACCGCCGUCAGAACCGGCACGAGAAACGAGUGCGGUUUCAAGGCCGUCAAACUGAUUGUCGGAGGGACGAGAGCAUCAGACAAGGAAUUCCCGCACAUGGCAGCCAUCGGUUACGACAAUGGUCCCAACGAGAGGGUCUACGUCUGCGGUGGUAGCUUGAUCAGCGAGAACUUCGUGCUGACGGCCGCGCAUUGCUUGAAGACCAGAGAUUACGGCGAUCCCAAGUACGUGAGGGUCGGAGACACGAACCUGAAGGACGUGAACGAUGCUGAUCCGCAGGAGCUGAACAUCGCUCAGAUCAUACGGCAUCCAGAGUAUCGCACUCCGUCGCAGUACAACGACAUCGGUCUUCUUCGGCUGGAGAGCAACGUCCGUUUCACGGCGUACGUUCGUCCCAUUUGCCUGCACUUCGAAGAGAGCAUCGACGCGAAGGAGGCCAUCGCCACGGGUUGGGGGAGCGUCGCCUUCCUCGGUGCCAACAGCGAUUACCUGCUCAAGGUAACGCUCACGAUGUUCGGCAAUCAACAGUGCCGAAAUGCUUUUCCGCCGAACGAGAGGCGCUUGAAGAACGGCAUCGUCGAGAAUACUCAGCUGUGCGCCGGCUCCAAGACCGAACGCAAAGACACUUGCCAGGGCGAUUCCGGUGGUCCUCUCCAAAUCUAUCACCUGGACGAGUACUGCAUGUACUCGCUGAUCGGCGUCACCUCCUUCGGCAAGGCGUGCGGCAUCGCCAACAACCCGGGAGUCUACACUCGCGUCUCGCACUACAUAGAUUGGAUCGAGAAGAUCGUCUGGCCGUAGUAACAAAUCUCUCAAACUUAUUUAUUUAAUUUAACUUGAGAAAGAAAAGACACCCAUAACUUUCACUUUUUAGUCACAUAUUAUUACCACUAGUUUUUAAAAAAGAUGAAUGAUUUCUUCAAAACCUCGCGCUGAAAAUUCUUCUUCAACAUUCAUUUUCUUAAGCCUUCUU